UAUCUUGUACCUCUCUCAACUGCGCCGCAUUUCAACGUCAAUUACUCUUAGAUCUCUUUAAUAUAAAAAUCAUCGCCGCUAUCAAAUUAGGGCAGUCUCUAGCUCGCUCUCGCGCUCGCGCUCAUUCUUCCUCUUCACUUCUCCAACCCCAUACCCCCUAUUCCUUCCGGCUGGAUCGAGCAUUUCUUCUCAGAUGGACCACGUUGAUGGGAGAUAAAUGAGAGGGAUGAAGAAAUUUAUAAUUAGCCAGAAUUCAUAGUGACUUGCUCUAGUUUAUAAAGGUUUUAUGCCUGUCAUGGAAGCUGAUAAAACUGACCCCAUUCGUGCUGAAGAAUUGAAAUCCCAAGCAAAUGAAGCAUUUAAAGCCCACAAGUAUGCUCAAGCAAUUGAUCUUUAUACACAAGCAAUUGAGCUAAAUGGACAGAAUGCUGUAUACUGGGCAAACCGUGCGUUUGCACAUACUAAAUUGGAGGAGUAUGGCAGUGCAAUCCAGGAUGCAUCAAAGGCUAUAGAAAUAGACCCUAGAUAUUCAAAAGGUUAUUAUAGGAGAGGUGCUGCUUUUCUUGCUAUGGGGAAACUCAAAGAUGCACUUAAAGAUUUUCAACAGCUCAAGAAGAUCUGUCCCAAUGAUCCUGAUGCUGCUAAGAAAUUGAAGGAAUGUGAAAAGGCAGUCAUGAAGCUUAAGUUUGAAGAGGCAAUUUCUGUUCCAGAAUCAGAGAAGCGUUCAGUAGCUGAAUCCAUUGAUUUCCAUCUAAUCGAGGUUGAGCCACAGUAUACUGGUGCAAAGAUAGAAGGAGAGGUUGUAACAUUGGAUUUUGUGAAGAAGAUGAUCGAUGGUUUUAAAAACCAGAAAAGCUUGCACAAACGAUACGCAUUCCAAAUUGUAUUACAAGUCAGAGAAAUCAUGCGUGCCCUUCCGUCUCUUGUUGAUGUUAAAAUUCCGGAGGGCAAACAUUUAACCGUUUGUGGAGAUGUACAUGGUCAGUUCUAUGAUCUCUUAAAUAUUUUUGAGCUUAAUGGGCUUCCAUCAGACGAAAAUCCAUACCUCUUUAAUGGAGACUUUGUGGAUAGAGGUUCAUUUUCCGUGGAGGUCAUUCUCACCUUGUUUGCAUUCAAAUGCAUGUCUCCGUCAGCAAUACAUUUGUCCAGAGGAAAUCAUGAGAGCAAGAGCAUGAACAAGAUUUAUGGCUUUGAGGGUGAAGUUCGAUCAAAGUUGAACGAAACGUUUGUGGAACUAUUUGCAGAAGUAUUUUGCUCCUUACCUUUGGCUUAUGUUCUAAAUGAGAAGGUUUUUGUGGCUCAUGGAGGUCUUUUUAGUGUUGAUGGGGUAAAACUCUCUGAUAUUAGAGCAAUAGAUCGAUUUUGCGAACCUCCUGAGGAAGGAUUAAUGUGUGAAAUCCUUUGGAGUGAUCCGCAACCUAAUCCUGGGAGAGGACCUAGUAAACGAGGUGUAGGUCUUGCCUUCGGUGCAGAUGUCACAAAAAGAUUUUUGCAGGAGAACAACUUAGAUUUAAUUGUGCGAUCCCAUGAAGUCAAGGAUGAAGGGUAUGAGAUCGAGCAUGAUGGUAAACUUAUUACAGUAUUUUCUGCUCCCAAUUAUUGUGACCAGAUGGGAAAUAAAGGGGCUUUUAUUCGCUUUAAAGCACCAGAUUUGAAGCCUGACAUCGUAACCUUCUCAGCCGUGCCACAUCCCGAUGUAAAGCCAAUGGCAUACGCAAACAACUUCCUUCGGAUGUUCCAAUAGGUGGACAAAGUAUCCAUGUUGAACAUACACGAGGCAACUGGAGAAGAGAUUUAGCUUCAUGUUUGGCAAUAUGCAGGUCACGUUGUGAUUGUUUGUGGAUGCUGCUGCUUCUUCCCAACGCUUUCUAACAGUUUAGUUGGAUUUUUGUUCUUUUUACCUUCUAGGCUUCUAUUUUGUCCCUUUGAUUAGUCGCGCAAAAGUGUUCGAGUCAAUUAUGUAUUUUGAUGCAUAGCUUUCUGGGUUGACAUUUCUUUGAUAUGCACUCAAAGAAAUUUGUGAUCUGCAGAAAUUUGAUCCGAUUGACUUUAUUCAAAACAAAGUUUUUUGUUUUAGGAUUGA